GCAUAAAUAUCGGGCGCAACACGUGAAUAUUACUUAAAUUGAACAAAAGCGCGAUGAAAGAGUAUUGUAGAAAAAUCAAGGAUUCGUUACGGUACGGCUGAUGCAAUUUCUGUAAAGAAUUCAAACGAUUUGACGAAAAAUAGUCAUUAGCGUAUCUCGUGAUAAGAUAUAGCCCUUGGCCAGCGACAGGAACUCGUCAGAAUGCGACUCCUAAUUAUUCUAACUUGUUUAUAUUUGUCGCCGGUAAUUCUCGGCAAUGAUGAAAAAAACGAGACAACAUUUGUGGCGACCCACGAAUGGCAAGUCGUCAAAAAAGGAACACCUAUUCCUAAGGGAUUACAUGUGCGGCACAACUUUCAAACUGGGGUAACAGAAGCCAAAUUAAUAGACAAUGAAGAUAUAGAAGAAAAAGAAUCCAGCGAAAAAUCUCAUUCAAAUUCUUUGGCAUUGCAUCCUGAGAAGACGAUACCUGAAGAUCUAGAUCCUCCAGUCUUUUCAGAAAAAUCAAACUUGUUUGACUAUCCAUUAGAAGAAUUAAAAGCUAGAUUGAAGAAGAUUAAACAAGAUGAACCAGAGUCACCUCCAGAAUUAAGUGAUGAACAUGCCAAAAAAGUAAAACAAAAGUUUCGGGACUAUGAAACUUUGAAGAAAGAGCUGAAAGCUCUGGAAAUCAAUAUUACAACUGAUUCAGAAUUACUGGGUAAUUACUUUCAGAAGUUUCAGAAUCACAAAAAUGCCAUUACCAUGGGUACUUUGAUGCCUUUAGAAGUAGAAGAAGUCUUGGAUAUCCUUUAUAAUUUGGAAUAUUUGCUUCACCACAUUGAUAACGCCAAAGUAUUUACAGAUAUGCAAGGUAUGGUGAAAAUCAUAUCUCCAUGUCUCAAUGGAACGAACAAUGAAAUAAAGGCAGAAGCAUUGCGACUUUUGGGUACUGCAGUACAAUCAAAUCCUAAAGUCCAACUGAAAGCAUUGGAAAAUGAUUUUGUUCAAAAACUUCUGCAUAUAUUGUCUACAAAUACUCAGAUAGAAGUGAGGAGCAGGUGUCUCUUUGCUCUUAGCGCCUUAAUUAGACAAUUUCCAGCAGCUCAGAAAGUUUGGAUCAAUCAUGGUGGACUGGAAAUAUUUGGAAAGAUUUUAGUCCAUGAUCAGUUACAAAUACAAAUGAAAGUCAUGAAACUCAUCAGUGAUUUAAUUAUUGAAAGGCAAGACUUACAAGAAGUUGCUAACACUGAACAAUCUCAAUUGAAAACAAAGGCAUAUUUAAGUGUAGAUCUAGAGCAAAAAAUAUUAACAAACGAGUACUGCAAACAUUUAGGUAAUUUAAUGACAAAAAGUUUCAAAGAUGAAAUCGGUAAUCAGUUUAAAGCAAGUAACUACGAAUUCCUUGAAACCAUUUCCGAAAGUAUGAUCACUAUUUUUCCUGUUUGUAAAUACGAAUUUAAAAGUAGCGAAGAUUCACUUCUACACACGAUACAGCAUUUGCUGAGUUUUUAUCAGAAUUUGAAUACCAAUUUAGAACAAAAUGAUAACGACAUUUUGAAGAAUCUUACCUUGUUAAUUCAAAAACUUCAAGCCCCUCAUGACGAAUUAUGA